AUGUCUACAAAAAUACCCGUGGCACAAGAGCCACGCCAUUCGAAAAACAAUCCUUCGACAGAACGAGCCGAUAAUCCAUUCGACACUAUCUUCGAUGGCGAUGGCGAUGAUGCUGAGGAUGAAUGGUGGGAGGAAGAGGAUACGGUUACAUCGAGCCCACCAAAAGCAACAUCAAACGUGCGAAUUACACAACGGCCCACACCUCCAGAAGGUGUUGGUCUUGGUUUGAGUACGAAACCAUUAAAUCGGACCAGCACUCGAAAACCAGCGAAGAGAUACUCGGUUCAGAAGCCAACACGAGACAAAUCUAAAGGUCGACAAAGGAGGCAGAAUGCGAAGGCUGGGAUAAAGGUGGUGACAAACUUCUCAAAACACCAAGCAGCGGCUCCACCAGUACAAAUGCAGCCAUCGCGGACUGCUCCACAGAUAGGAUGCUUUGUGGACUUGGCAGCUCUCCAAGCACUUAACGGCGAUAUCACACAAACCUCGACGGGAUUUUGGAAGUCGAAAAAGGGCAGAGAGCUGUUCGGUGCUGUGAAUACCGCGCCAGCUGUCACAAAGGGUGUCUCAGAGACCUCUGUCGGCAAAGCCUCACACAAAGCCUCCAAAAUUCCGACGCCAUCAGAAUUGGACACGACAAAUACCCUUGCACCUUCGCCUCUCAAGUCAAGCGGCGAUCUUUCACCAGAUGAUCGGCCUAUUGUCAUUGGGAUUAGCAUUCCCUCACGUGAUGUCCAGGAACAUACUUUCAGCCCACAAACUGCUUUAUCUGAGACGACAAAGAUAGUUCGAAGCUAUGAGAACCACAGUUCAAUGCCACCGGAAACUCCUACAAUCAUCAUUACGCCUGCCAAGGAAGUAUCUUGUUGGUCCCCCGAUACGAUGAGUGCCUCGACCGAUCCUCGACGAGCUUCCAGCAUCUAUUCACAGGCCGCCCAGCAGGACAGGCAUCAUUCCCAUAGGGAUGCUCCCCCGGUUCCUCAGAUGCCUGCUUCCUUUCUUGAAGAUGAAAGACAAAGACUUGCUGCACAGAGAAGCUAUUUUUCGCCGGACUCAGAUGAUGUUACCACCGCAUCAAAGUCUCAGGAUGACAGCCCAAUCAUGGCGAGAUCAGCACGCUCUGCAUCGAUCUCGGCAGAUUCUAGAGUAGGCAGGCAUGCGAGCAUCAGUACAGUAGCCACACGCCCACGUUCCAAGGGCUGGUGGAAUUAUAUAACUACACCAUUCCUGACAAGGUCGAAUACUUUUGCGAACCGAGAUAUCGAGAACGAGCCACCUCCAGCUUUACCCAAUCUGGCGAUCGCGGCUGCAAAAGCACUGGAAGCCGAAAGAGACGCAAGAUCAUGGGAGAAGGAGUUCUCGCCUAUGACACCUGAAACAUCAGCUACGACUAUAGCUUCAGAUCCCUGGUGGGAUUUAGACAGCAAGAAGCGGGAUCCAGACGACAAGUCUCCAGUCCUUCGCGAAACAAGACAUAAGGUUCAGACUUCUACCGAAGGGCUUCCAAUCAUCCAUUCUGAAACUGCGGGUUUUGGACCUGCUGCCACGAUGAUUACAAUGGCAUCAAAGGAUAUUUCUCAACUUAGCCGAGACCCCACAUUUACAACAUUGAAAUCGGCUUCUGAAGUUAGCAACAAUGAUCGGGAAGUGCCAAACAACAAUCCUUUUGUUCAACCUCGACUGGGCGAUUUUGAUGAUCCUCCAAGCAACACUCAAGCGACGAGAAGACAUGUAGCAGAACCAGUCCGGGCUGCUAAUCCUCCGUCAUCCGCUCCGGCCACCAACUCGCCUGGGGCCCCUCCGCCAUAUUCUCCAUCGCCAGCUCGCGUGCGAUAUCGAGCAGUCUUUCCUCCUGGGCACGCUCUAGCUAACCAAUAUCCUAUGUCUCCUGGUCCUGUAUCUCCCGGUCUGGCUGCAACGAUGUCUUCACAAGCUCGACGGCCAAUAAAUUUAAAUUCCGGGUAUCCACAAUUACCAGCCAGACAGGCAGGAUUACCUUUCACAGCCGAGGACCUUCAGGCACCUUCAAAGAAAGCUAAGAAGGCCGAAGCGAAACGUCGAAGACAAGAGAAGGAGGAUGCCAUGGCCCACAAAGCUGGAGGAUUGUGGCGGGGGCGCGGUUGUAUCCCUGACAGCGGAUGCUAUGGGCGCAAAGGUGCAGAAGGUCGUAAGAAACGUCGCUGUUACUUGGGUCUCAUUGUCGGCUUCUUGUUCAUGAUUAUUCUUGUUGUGGUUCUUGCCACGACUCUUCAUCGAAAAUCAAAUACCGAUAUUGGACCUUCUCAGUGGUUGAACCUCACUGGAUUUCCGCCAAUCUUCCUCGGCCUUUCGACAGUAAUCGCUCCUGCCAACAUUCAGAUCAUUACUGGAUGUGUGCUUCCAACCACCCAAUGGAGCUGCUCUCUUCCUAAGGAGCUUCACACGUCAGUCUCACCGAAUCAGCCGAAUCAACCAAACUUUUUUCUAGACAUCCAGUGGGACAAUAGCAGCUCUACAAAUGCUACAUUUGCCAACGUUACCGGUAACCCGAACCUGGGAACUCGUGCAGUGGGGAAUCCUGUUUCUGCUGGGCAAUUCAUCAGAACCAUAAUUCUCAAAGCAAGACAAGCUGUUACCUUUAUUCCGAUUCCAGCCCCUCCAUCUUUCGCAGAUGAGUUAUUUCUCGGAAACACAACAGACAAGAUCGCCUCAAACAAUAAAGCUGGAGAGCCAACACCGUUCUAUAUAUCAUUCCUCUCAAAGCUGCCUACUAGAUUUAAGCGAGAGCUCUUGGUCGAACAGAGAGCUUCGGAUCCUUUCCCAAAUAUCACUGACUCCAUCCCACCCCCAAGUCUCAAUUCCGACGGCACAGCAGCGCCUGCAAAUCUCCUCCCAUUCCCCACCCAACAACCUAUCAGACUCUACGAUCGUGGUCUUCCAACAGAACACUACGGCUUCUACACCUACUUCGACCGCUCAAUCUUCCUCAAAUCAUUAGACACCAUCAACUCGACAAAUACAGGGGAUGUGCCUGAUGACCAGAAUGGAGGCGCAACAGAAGCAGAAGCAGCGUUUAGAUGUACCUGGACACAAACACGGUUUCUUGUCCAAAUGUGGACUCGAAUGAGCGGCACUGCGCAACUGUUCAAUUCCACUUCUCACUCCUCCUCGACAAAUCAAACAUAUCUCACGCAGCCAGGUUCCUUCCCGUACCCAAUUACCAUCACCACAGAUCGCCAUGGCGGCAACCCUGCACAGAAACUGAUCUACUGCUACUCGAUGGACACUAGAGACGGUAUUGUGGCAGGCAGUGGGAAGGUCAAUGAAGAACUUAGAGGCUUUGGAGGCACGAUCAUCAAUCCUGCCCCAAGCGUGUUCUCGAAUAAUUCGGAUCCGAGCUUAGGUGGUUUCGAUGGCGGGUCAGGGGGGUGUAGCUGUCAGUGGAGUAAUUUCCAGACUGUUCCGACGCCCUCGAGGUGA